AUGUCGAAUAAUGUAUUUAUAUUUUAUAUCUUAUUAAUUCCAAAACCUUAUGAAAAAUACAGUGCCGGUGGAUGUUAUGAGGAACCAGAUUAUGAACAAAAAGUAGGGAAUUGGGUUGAAAUAUCAAAUAAUUUCAAGAAUGGCUCUCAAUUAACAUUAAAUGGCUUAUAUAAAAGUGGUAAAAAGGUUGGUAAAUGGGAUAUUUUGUACAAUUAUAAAGGAAAAAAUGAAAAGAUUUUUAAUAAUAUUAAUCCAAUUGAAUACAGAGGUGGUGGAUCAUAUGAAAUAGGGGGUGAUGAACUUAAAGAAGGAAAUUGGGUGGAAGUAUUAGAUAAUUUCAAGGAUAAUUCUUAAUUAACAUAAAAUGGCGUAUAUAAAAAUGGUAAAAAAGUUGGUAGAUGGGAUAUUUGGUUCAAUUAUAAAGGAAAUAAUGAACAAAUGUAAUACUUUAUUAUUGGUGGUGGAUAUUAUGAAGAGAAUGAACAAAAAGAAGGUAGUUGGGUGGAAAUAUCAAAUAUUUUUACAGAUAUUUCUUAAAUCAUAUACAGUGGAAAAUAUAUAAAUGGUAAAAAAAUUGGUAUAUGGGAAAUUUGUCAUAGAAAAUAGGAUGUAAACUUAUAUCUUAUAAUUUUAAUUUGCUAAUUUUAUGGAAAUUAUAGUGGAGGUGGAUCAUACGAUGAAAAAGGUAAUGAACUUAAGGUAGGUGAUUGGGUGGAUAUAUCAGAUGAUUGGAAGGACUUUUGUUAAAUAACUUACAAAGGUGAAUAUAAAAAUGGUCGAAAAUUUGGUUCCUGGGAUAUUGAAGAGAUAAUAGACUUUAAAAAACCAUUAAAAAUAAUGUAAACAAAGGAAUCUAAUUAAUACAGGGCAGGUGGAUAAUAUGAUAAAGUAGGUUAUGGGGUAAAGUUAGGGAAAUGGAUUGAGUUGCAUCAUGAAUUUUUGACUUAGGCCACUUUUCAUGGUGAAUAUCGAAAUGGUAGAAAGGUUAAUAAAUGGGAUAUUUAUUUGAAAUAAAAUGGAAAGAAUGAAUAUAUUGGUGGAGGACUUUAUGAUGACUAGGAAAGCGAAAAUUUAGGUCCAGUUAAGUAAGGGAAGUGGAUAGAACUGGACGAUAGAUUUUAAGAGUAUCAAGAUUAAAUGUUAUUUAUUAGAGAUUGUCGAGCAACUCAUCAAGGUGAAUACUCUAAUAAUAAAAAGUUUGGUAGAUGGGAUAGCUACUUUUCAAACUACUAGAUAGGUGGUGGGCUUUAUAAUGAAAACGGUGUAAAAGAAGGAUUUUGGUCAUAGCUGAGCGAAUCAUUUUCUAUGUUAGACAUUUGUUGA